UGUUUUCUUGGACACUCCUAGCUGCUAUCCCGCCUCUGUGGUAAUUACCUGUUCCCCCCUCGGAGAGCCAUGGCCGAGGAGGCCCCGGGAUCUCCCCUCACAUCUCAGCAUGACGAGGUACUCCAGCAGCGGGUGGCUGCUCUGGAGCUGGAGAGGACGGAGUUCAUCCGACUCAAGCAGCAGCUGGAGGCCGAGUUCAACCAGAAGAGGGCCAAGUUUAAGGAGCUCUACCUGUCCAAGGAAGAGGAGCUUCAGAGGAGGACCUCGGCGCUGGAGGAGGCUCAGAAUGAGCUCAUCUCCAUGAAAGGCCAGCUGACCCAGGCGCGGGCCGAGAUCGAGACCAUCAAGGCCGUGGCCACCGUCUCAGAAAACACCAAGCAAGAAGCCAUCGACCAGGUCCGCAGCCAGUGGCAGGAGGAAGUGGCGUCGCUGCAGGCCAUCAUGAAAGACACAGUAUGCGAGUAUGAGGUCCAGUUCCACCAGCGCCUGGAGCAGGAGCGGGCCCAGUGGAACCAGUACCGCGAGGCCAUGGAGAGAGAGCUGGGCGACCUGCGGCGGCGCCUCACCGAGGGUCAGGAGAAGGAGAACCUGGAGGAUGAAAUGAAGAAAGCUCAGGAGGAUGCGGACAAGCUGCGGUCGGUGGUGAUGCCUCUGGAGCAGGAGAUCACAGCUCUGAAGGCCAAGCUGACCUCCAGCGAGGACAAGGUGAAGGAGCUGGAGGCCUCAAAGGUGAAGGAGCUCAACCAUGUUCUGGAAGCUGAGAAGUCGUGUCGAACGGACCUGGAGAUGUACGUGGCCGUUCUGAACACGCAGAAGUCCGUCCUGCAGGAAGACGCUGAGAAACUGCGGAGGGAGCUUCACGAAGUCUGUCAUAAACUGGAGCUGGAGCGGCAGCAGCACAACCAGCUGAAGCACACAUGGCAGCGAGCAAACGACCAGUUCCUGGAGUCCCAGCGUCUUCUCAUGAGGGACAUGCAGAGGAUCGAGAACGUGCUCUCCUCCGAACAGCUGCGGCAGGUGGAGGAGAUGAAGAAGAAAGACCAGGAAGAGGAAGAACGGCUGAGCCAGGUGAGGGACUUUCAGGAGGAAGAUGGAGGAGACAACACGGAGCCGUUGGAGGACUACCUUGGAAUGAGCGUGGAGGAGUACCAUACCAACCACAGUACACAUGGGUCUGUGCACUCAUUGGACACUGAGGUGGUGGCGGGGAGCCCCUCUGACCCCUACAAGGACAACCUGCGGAGGGUCCAGUCCACCGACAGCCUCGGCUCCUCGCUGUCUUCCCAGCAGGCUCUCGGAGGUCACAACCACAAGGCCAAGUCUGCCAGCAACUUAGACGAGUCAGACUUUGGGCCCCUGGUUUCGGCGGAGUAUGGGGCGACGGACAGUAGUUUUGGCGAAACCACGUCGGUCAGCUCGAUCAAGUUAACGGCGAGCCACUUCCUGCUGACUAAAGACCAGGAGAAGGCAAUCAAAGCCAUGACGCCGGAGCAGGAGGAGACGGCGUCGCUGCUGUCCAGCAUCUCUCAGGCCCCCGACGCCGCCUACCUACCGCCUGCAGGCUACCGGCUCGUCAGCGACACAGAGUGGAACCUGCUGCAGCAGGAGGUGAAGAACGCCGGCAGGAAACUGGGCCGCCGCUGUGACAUGUGCUCCAACUACGAGAAGCAGCUGCAGGCCAUUCAAGGCCAGGAGGCCGACACUCGAGACCAGGUAAAGAAGCUGCAGGUCAUGCUUCGCCAGGCCAACGACCACCUGGACAGAACGAUGAUGGAGAAACAAAAUUUGGAAGAUUCUAUCAAUAUGGGGAACGAGGAAAAUGCUGCUAAGGUGUCCGCUCUCACGCAGAGAGUCCAGGAGUCCGAAACUCUGCUCUGCACACUCCAGCAGGCUUUCAGUGAGGCCAAGAGGAAAACUCAAGAGCAGAUGGUGGUGCUGGUGAAGUCCAGGGAGCAGGUGGCAGAGGAGCUGAGUCGCCUGCAGAGAGACAACGAGAGCCUGCAGGGAAAACACCGGCUGCACGUGGAGCUGCAGCAGCAGGAGGACUUCCAGAUGCCCAACACUGUGCAGGAGCUGCAGGGUCUGGUGUUCCAGUGUCGUGAAGACAUGGUGGCGCUGCGGACGUCUGCAGAUCACAUGGAGGAGAAGCUGAAGGCUGAGAUCCUAUUUCUGAAGGAGCAGAUCCAGGCGGAGCAGUGCCUGAAGGAGAACCUGGAGGAGACUCUGCAGCUGGAGAUCGAGGGCUGUAAAGAGGAAAUAGACAUCCUGGAAGCGUCUUUUUCUAGUUUGAAGACGGAGAUGGAGCGAAUAAAAGCAGAGAAGGAGAAGCUGCGGAGCAGUUUAACGGAAAAGAUGGAGACGCUGGAGCGCCUCGGGGGCCUCAAGGUCAGCCUGGAGCAGCAGGUCAGAGAGCUCGCAUCUGCAAAGAGCGCUCUUGAAAGCCAGGUUCUGGACGAAAGAGACAAAGCCCAGCGGCUGCAGACCGAGCUGGACGUGAGCGAGCAGGUCCAGAAGGACUUCGUCAAACUUUCUCAGACGCUACAGGUCCAGUUGGAGCGAAUACGACAAGCCGAGUCUUUGGACCGGAUCAAAGUGAUUCUCAACGACACCAACUUGACGGACAUCAACCAGCUUCCAGAGACAUGAUGCUUCUGAACGAGGCGGGCCCCCCCCCCCCUUUUUUUUUUCUCUGAGUGUCCACCCCCUCCCACCCCCACCCCCACCCCAAACCUCCUCAGUUUAACGUGUAAGGAUGAAGAUGGAGCUGGGUGUACAUUAGAGUGCAGCGCAGAUAGAAACGAUGAAGAGGAACACUACUCUGUAAAUAAGUAAAUGUGUGGCUGUGGACAGUGGAACGGUUUGGGGGGGGGCUCAUUUCUAAUGUAAAUGUAACUCCAUAUUAGCUCAACCAAAAAAAAAAAAAAAGAAAGUGUCGUCCGCUGAAGCACUUUCCAUCCUGCAGCCUCUUUUGCUUUUUAACCUCUUUCUCCUCCUUCGCUCGAACACUCGAAGGCGCCAUGAAGGACAGAAAUAUUUGCACAUUAUGGAGCUGGGAGGGAAAGAAACGCGGGCGAGCGACCCCCCCACGUGUCCUCACCGGUUCGCGGAAGCUCCAAGUCCGACCAGGCUUUUGUCGUGACCUUAUUUCUGUUAGAAAACACUAGUGGAUCCAUUUCAUUUCAGGAUGUUGGACUUUGACGGCUCCCGCUUUCUGCUCCUCCAACCGUGAUUGGAUGGAGGAUUAUUUCAGAUUAUUGAAGAGCACAAAAGGCCUGUGAACACUCGUCCAACCCCUCACCUAAACUGUCCUCAAACGGUUGCAUCUGUGAAGGAUUCCAUGAACACUUUUGACAUAAACGGUAAAACAAAAAUACACAAAAAAAAAAAGAAGUGCAUCCCCGAGGACAACUGCUACAAAACCAAAUCUCCAAAAGCAUUUGUUUUAUCUUCAGGCCUCACAAACUGACUGACGGCUGCUUAUCUUACAGGAACAGCAGAGGUUUCAACUGAAAUAGGUAAAAAAAAAAAAAAGCAGUGAGAUUUCUAAACAAAUGCUGCAGUUUUUGCUGGAAAUUCAAAAGUUGAGCUCUCAUUGGGAUAAAAAGCCUUUGGGGUUUUUCAAAUUAAAACCGAUUCACACACACACACAAAAAAAACAUUCAUUAUUUUAAAUUUCAAAUUAAAGCUUGGAGAUCUUUUAUGUUUAUAACGGGUGGGUUCUGCAACAAUAAGAAAAAGAUGGACAUGGAAGCCUCAUCACGUCUGCGUGAUUUCCACCGCUUCCCGGCGAGGUUGUGACAUCAUCUGUGAUGAGGUGAAUCCUUCAUAAACCCCGAAAAGAAAGAAAUUCUGAACCGUUUCGGUGACACUUGUUCUGUUUUGUAGAUAUCUUGAGUUGUAUUUAUGAGGACAGGAAGUCGAUGGAGCGAUGACCUGUUUGUUUUCGUACAGAAGCAUUGUUGUGUUUUCAUUGUGAUGACAUGAAUCCUGCUUGAUGUGGCAUUAACGUGAGGAAAGGUGGCGUGCUGUCACCUCACCUCUGUUCAUGCAAUUCUGAUACAUUAAUGAUAGAUUUCUCACAAAAUGUCUGUUUAAUCCCAAAGGUAUUGUUCUUGACAAAAAAAAUCUACAUUUUAAAUCAUUUUCUUUUUGUUUCUUUGCUUUGGCCACUCAUGAAAAUUAAAAAGAAAUUGUUUCAUUAGAAUGACACCAUCUUCAUUCUCCAACUUGAAAAGUUCUGCUCCUUCAGAGGGAUUCAACAGAACAUUUUGUGUUUCCUGCCUUUGAUUUCAGCGAUCAAUUAACUUAAUUUACACACAAUUAACACACUGAUCCAGUUUGAAAGAUUUAGUAUCAAAAUAAAAUGGUGAGAGAAAAUGUCUCCUGGUUGCUCCACACUGGAAAAUGAGCUGUUGGAUGGAAUUGUAAUGUUGCUCAGACUUAGGAAAAGGCAUGUUUGAUGAAGACUUUUGAACAAUACUGACUAUAAACUACUGCCCACUGA